AUGGCACAACGAUACAUAUUGACAACAGAUGAGAGUGCCGUGGAGAAAGACGAAUCACACGGAAGUGACCUUUUAAGUGGAAUACAUCCGAUUAAAGUCAUGGCAUAUAAAGCAAAUACACCAGUAACAACAUCAACAGAAGCAAGUGCAAAUAGUCUAUCAAAUUCAGCGGUGGAAUUGCAUAUCGGUGAACGAGAAAAAGUUGGACAGGGCACUUUCGGAAAAGUUUAUAAAGCGAAAUUGCUUACUACGCAAGAAAUUAUCGCGAUCAAAGAAGUUGAACUGGAAGAAAAAUUCAAAUCUCGAGAAUUAGAGAUACUGAAAAGCAUGAUACAUCCGAACAUCGUCCGAUUAAAAUACUUCUUUCAUACCACCUCCGCCUCGAAACAGAUUCUAUGUUUAAUUAUGGAAUAUAUGCCAAUGAGUGCUCAUCAUUUGAUAUCCGAAUAUCGACGCAAUCAUAAAAUUAUGCCGUUGUUUUAUAUAAAGUUGUUCGUUUAUCAAAUGUUACGCGGUCUCGGAUAUCUUCAUACACAAGGCGUUGCACAUCGCGAUGUGAAACCGGCAAACAUGAUUGUUGAUCAUGAAGCAGGAAUAUUGAAAAUAUGUGACCUUGGCAGUGCCAAGAAGUUAAAUAGAAAUGAAAAAUCAGUUUCCUAUGUUUGCACUCGUUACUAUCGAGCUCCCGAACUUCUGCUUGGUCAUACGGAAUACACGACAGCCGUUGAUAUUUGGUCUGCGGGUUGUUGCAUGGCCGAAUUUCUGAAUGGUUAUCCAAUUUUUCGUGGCACUGAUUCCAGUGAUCAGAUGUAUCAGAUUAUCAAAAUGAUCGGAAUUCCAACUCGAGAAGAACUACAGGAAAUGAAUCCACGUUAUACUGGUUCGAUUGAUUUGACGGUGGUUUCGUAUACUCCCCGUACCGUUCGUGGCUAUCUUCCUGAACAUACACAAGAAGCAGCGUUGGUCUUGCUUGAUCGAUUAUUGAAAUAUAAACCUAGUGAACGUAUGACAUGUCAAAGAGCACUUGCAACAGAUUUUUUUGCUGAAUUAAAACAACGUUCUUUGGCUUUACCAAACAACCGUCCAUUACCACCAUUAUUUAAUUUUCACGAAAAUGAGUUGUCAAGACAUUGCUAUUUAUAUUCAACAAUUGUUCCUGAUUUUGUCCGAACUAGUCCAUCAGACGACAAAGAAAGUGAGUAG